CUCUGGUUCAUUCCGCAUUGUCGGAUCAUUAUAGAGAAAGAGCGAAGAAUUGAACAGAAAAUGGCACACAACAUCCUCGAGCAGAGCAUCAAGCUCGAUGCAGCGACUAGGGCGUAUUAUGACACUCGACGACAGGAGGAGACCAACACACUUCCAAGCGAAGUAUCUCUCCUCCAAACCCGCAACAACCGCAUCGCCACCCUCCCCACCACCGGCCUCGGCUUCCCCGCCACCGUUUCCCACCUCGAGCACGCCGUCAUCCCAGGCCUCAACCUCGCCAGCCUCUCCCCUCACUACUACGGUUUCGUCACCGGCGGCAGCACCCCCAUCGCCGCCGUCGCCGACAAUGUCGUCUCGGCCUUCGACAACUCCGUCCAGGUCCAUCUGCCCAACGAAUCCAUCGUCACUGAGAUCGAGGACCGGGCGCUGCGGAUGCUAUGUCAGCUGCUCGACUUGGAGGAGAGGGACUGGGCGCAUCGGACGUUCACGACGGGGGCGACGGCGAGUAAUGUGAUGGGGCUCGCGUGUGGGCGGGAGGGUGUCGUUCGCUGGCAUGGCAAGGCGACUGCAGGGACGACGACUUCCGUAGCGAAGAUGGGGCUUGUGCGAGCGAUGAACGCUGCCGGGCUGGAUGAGAUCCAGGUCUUGACGACCGUGCCGCAUUCGUCGCUGGGGAAAGCGGCGAGUAUUGUCGGGCUAGGACGAGAUUCAGUGACGCUCGUGAACCGGUCCGAUCGGCCGCACUUGAUCGAUUUCGAGAAGCUGGAAGAAGAGCUCAAAAGACCGGGAGUGGGCUCGAUUGUUGCGGUGUCUUGUUCAGAAGUGAAUACGGGGUUCUUCGCUGCCGGGAGGGGCGAUAUGGAGCGGCUGGCGGGGUUGUGUAGGAGGUAUAAGGCAUGGAUCCAUGUUGACGCGGCCUUUGGCUUCAUGGCAAGGAUAUUAGCCCCUGACACCAACGGGGAGUUCAAGAGCAUCAUCGACGGGAGUGAUGGCCUUGAACACGCCCAUUCCAUCACUGGCGAUGGACACAAGCUGCUGAACGUACCUUAUGACUGUGGCAUCUUCUUGUCCCGGAAAGCCGAAGGCAUGGACGUGUUCCAGAACGCCGGGGCCGCCUACCUCCAAACCGAUGCGUCCGACAUCCCGUCCCCUUUGAACAUCGGGAUCGAGAACUCUCGACGAUUCCGUGCGUUGCCAAUGUACGCGAAUUUAAUCGCAUACGGCCGCGAUGGUUUCCGGACGUUUCUGCAGCAGCAAAUCCGCCUGGCAAGAAGGACCGCGCAUUAUAUUCGCCAACAUCCGGGGUAUGAGUUGCUCCCGGAUUGGCACCAAGACCACAUCGAUCAGCACACGUACAUGGUGGUGCUGUUCCGGGCGAAAGACGAGGUGCUGAAUGCGUCGCUGGUGAAAGCGAUCAACCGGCGGAAGAAGAUCUAUGUUUCGGGGACCGUGUGGGAGGGUCAGCCGGCGUCGCGGAUUGCGGUGUCGAAUUGGCAGGCGGACGAAGAGAGGGAUGCGAAUGUUAUUGCAGAGGCCUUGGAGGAGGUGUACCAGGCGUGGCAAAAUGCUGAAGGUUCAUAACUCAAGCAUAAUGUGGACCAUUGGGAGUUCAUACAUCCAACUAGCUCAGCCUUCAGUUGAGUCAUCUAUCAUACAG